UUCGGCUCCGCCCCCUGGCCGCGAGCUCCCUCCCUUAGUAAGAUGGCGGCGCCGUGCGCCCGGCUGCCUUUGGUUGUUUACCUCUGGCUGUGGACGGCGGCGGUAGCCUCGGCCUCUCAGACAGUGUCGCCGCCGUCCCGCUCCGAGUUGCUGAGCAUGAGGCCGGACAACACGGUGGCGGGCUCCGUGUACCUGGAGGGUGGUCUGCUGAAGGUGACGGAGGGCACCCGCUUCAAACUGCGGCUGUACGGCACGGGCCUGAGGGGGAGCGGGUUGCUGGGCGACGGCGGAGCCCGAGGCCCCGGUCUCUCCUUCGUGGAGGUGAGCGGCCUGCUGGAGACGGCGGCCGGCGGCGCCCGCCAGCAGCGACAGUCCCAGCGGAUCUGCCAGCAGGGCAGCUCGGACAUCGUCAUCCUGGGUUCGAGUCUGUCCGACCGCUCGGUCCUGGUGGAGUUGGAGGCCAUGUACCUGCGGAAGGACGAGAAGAUCAAGUACUACUCGCUGUGCGCCCGGAUCGGGGGUCAGGACGCUCAUGGCUGGGUCAACUUCAAGACUGAGGACUUCCACCUGGCCGUGGUGGAGAAGGAGCAGACAAGCACCCUCAGGUUCCAGAUCCUCAUCUCCUUGCUUUUCCUCUGCAUGUCCACCCUCUUCAGUGUCCUGAACAUCAGCCUGAUGGCUCUGGACCCAGUGGAGCUCAGAGUAAUCAAAAACAGCGGCAACGAGAACGAGAGGAAAUACUCUGAACGCAUCGAAUCCGUGAGGAGACAUGGCAACUACCUGCUGUGCACCUUGCUGCUGGGAGAUGCCCUGAUGAACUGCUCCCUGACCGUCUGGCUUUGCGAGAUGUUCCACAGCACAUGGCUGACAAUCCUGGUCUGCACCAGUUGUAUAUUUUUCUUUGGAGAUAUCCUCCCCCACGCUAUCUGCUCUCGACAUGGCUUGGCCCUAGCUUCCAAGACCAUCUGGGUGACUAAAUUUUUCAUGGUCAUCAGCUUUCCAGCCUCGUACCCCAUCAGCAAACUCCUGGACGUUAUCUUGCAACAGCAGAUCAGCAACUUCUAUACAAGGGAAAAGCUGAUCGAGAUGCUCAAGGUGACUGAUCCUUAUCACGAUCUAGUUAAAGAAGAGCUCAACAUCAUUGAGGGAGCCCUUGAACUCAGGAAGAAGAUAGUCGAAGAUGUCUUGACCCCUUUGGGCGAUUGCUUCAUGCUGAGCUCUGAGGCCAUCCUGGACUUUGCGACCAUGUCAGAGAUCAUGCAGAGUGGCUAUACAAGGAUUCCUGUCUACGAGAAUGAACGCUCAAACAUUGUUGACAUACUUUUUGUGAAAGAUUUGGCCUUUGUUGAUCCAGAUGAUGACAUGCCUUUAGCAACAAUGACAAAGUUUUAUAACCAUCCUCUGCAUUUCGUGUUUAAUGAUACAAAACUGGAUUCUGUGCUGGAAGACUUUAAAAAAGGGAAAUCGCACUUGGCAAUAGUGCAGAGAGUCAACAAUGAGGGAGAAGGUGAUCCUUUCUAUGAAGUAAUGGGUAUUGUCACUUUGGAAGACAUAAUUGAAGAAAUUAUAAAAUCAGAGAUCUUGGAUGAAACAGACAUUUACACUGACAAUCGUUCAAAGAAAAUAGCUCACAGGGAACAAAAGCGGCAAGAUUUCUCACUGUUCAAAAACUCAGAAAGCGAUUCAAGAGUCAAGGUAUCUCCUCAACUUCUACUAGCAACUCACCGGUUUUUAGCAACAGAGGUGGAACCUUUUAAAAGCACAUAUAUAUCAGACAAGAUUCUGCUAAGGCUUCUCAAACAUCCCAACGUCAUCUGGGAAUUAAAGUAUGAUUGGCAAAACAAACAGUCCCUCGACCACUAUCUUUACCAACGGAAUAAACCUGUUGAUUAUUUUGUACUUAUCUUACAGGGAAAGGUGGAAGUUGAAAUAAGCAAAGAAGGCUUGAAAUUUGAAAAUGGAGCAUUCACUUAUUACGGUGUACCUGCACUCUUACCUGUGGCUUCUACAGUGCCCGUUUCUGUGUCUCGAACCUUUGCUUUUAGCAGAGGCGAAUCUCUUGCUGGGUCCCCAGUCACUAGAUCACCAUCUCACAGCAGUGGAGGACAAUGGACAGACCAAGGAAGUCGGACAGAACGGGUUGAAUUUGGGGGUGGAACCUAUCAACAAAGCAUUAGUAGUUAUUCCUACAUUCCAGACUACUCUGUGCGGGUGUUAACUGACGUCCAGUUUGUGAAGAUCACGAGGAUGCAGUAUGCAAAUGCAUUAGCAGCAACCAAACUGGAGAAUUCUCCCCAGACCCCUGAACCUGAGACGGCGAUAUCAGCAUCAGCAAGCAAAGAUCCAACCCUUAGCAUGUCCACCGAAACUACUAACUUGUUAAAUGGAAUGAACCGUGUGAUUCGCAGCAGGUCAGAUGGACUGAGAAGCCCAAGUGAUGUGUUUUUCUUGGGAAUAGAUGCAGUAAAUGACUCCGAUAUGACUGGAUUCAAGACUAAACAGCAUGAUGAAAACACCAGCGUCAAUGUUGAACCUGAGGUUAACAAUCCAGAACGGAAGAAAAGCCCUUCACUUAGCAGUUCAGAAGAGACACUUGGCAAAAAGCUCCUGAGGAAACUAAGUGGCAAAAAGAGGAAGCCUUCCAGAGACAGUGAGAAAAGCCCUGAAGAGAACGUAAAUGCACCUCAGCUAAAGAUCUGACAUCUCCAGCAAGGUUAAAACCACGCUGAUGGGCUGCAAGACAAAUCACUCACUGGUUACAAAUCAUUCCUGACACUCGAGCCCAGCCAAUAGAAGCUGCAAUCUUAGGAGAUUGGCAGGGUUUGUAAUCAUGAAACAAAACUACAACAGUGACAGCAUGGCCCAAGCCACAGUUUUUCUUGUUUGGUACUUUGAAUUAAGAAUUUAACUUUUGCAUGUUUUUCCAUCUAUUCGUUUUACUUAAGAGGAACAAACUACACUGAAUUUGAAUUAGGUGAUUUCAGCAUUUUAUGCAAUUUACCCAAAGGAUCAUACAACAAAAUGUGUUUUUAUUUUAAUGAAGGUCUCUCUUUGUGUCAGCCUAACCUGAUCUCCCCUCAUUUUAUCCUGGGUGUGCUGCAAUAUUAUAAACACCCCAUUCUGUAACACAUUCUGGCGUAUGUUUCAGGAGUAUAACACCUCUCAGGUUUCACAUAGCAUUGAUGCUCCAUUUGAGCAAUGCUUUUUAGAAUUCAUGAGUCAACAAUGAGCGUCUUCCAUGCAGCUUUGUCUUCUAAGGCACCUCUCCGGGUCAAAAAGGGGGACAGGUUUCUUCGGGUUCUACUGGAUUAGCAAACAUUCCUAGUGAAAUGAUCGUUGUAUUCUGAAAUUUCAGUAGAAAUUGUGUAUAUAGGAAACCUAAGUGUUACGAUUACAAUGUCACUAUCAAAGCAACAGGAAAUCUUGCCCCUCCAUGUGUCACCCUAUUUAAUAUUCAGAAAGCAUGUUCCAGCCCAAAUCACUGCAGAUUGAGUGCUGUUCUUAUGGAUUCUAUUACCUCUGAAGUUCUUCAGGUAAAUAUUUUUAUUGUGUUUAGUUCAGAUGUAUAUUGUCGAGUGAUUAAUAUUUAAGAUGUCUCUGCUGCUUCAGAAGCAUUGAUCUAGGCUCUCACCAUAGCUUUGCAAUAGUUACUUACUUUCCCCAGAACUAUCCUCUAGGCAAUAGCCAAGGCAAAGUAUCCAUUAGUUGCAAAUGAAUAUCAUUGCUGUAUAUGAGUGACUGUCGACAUUCUUAUACAGGACGUUCUUAUUCUUUUCUGUAUCACUGCACUGUUAUCUAUUUCAAACCUCUCUCUCUGAAGCACAGUCUCAGAAAUGCCUGGCCUGCGAUUUUGUUCUUAGUGCCCUCUCAACCUCUACACAUUUUGUGGCAUAAAUUCCCUGCCUCAUGCCAUUACUAUACAUUACUGCAGACACUGAGUUUCCACAUCUUUUAUGUUUAUUUGUCCACAGUUGCACCCACUUCAGGCAAUGCCAUCUCAGCGCCAAGUUGUACUGUUGGUACAGGCAUCCAACCACCAGUUUAGCAACGAAUAAUAAUCCAAGAAUUAGUAGCUUUCAUGGAACUAUUACCCUGCAACAAUUGCUGCCUUCAGGGGAAGAAGGAGAAAUUGUAUGGAAGAAUGGACUUUUGCAUUGAAGUAAAAUUGAAAACGUUUGUUACUUUAAAUAAUUUUUGACCUGAUAUAUUAUGCAUAGAUAGGAUUGUGAUUUUUCAACACUGCUGAUAUUUAUGCUGCACCUAACACCCAAUUAACCAGCCUUUACUCUAUUCUUUCUCCUCCCCUCUCUCCCUACCAAGCAUUGAAUUAGUGAUUAACUAACAUAUUCAAAGGCAUUGUUCCUGAGCCUGUAGGUUUUAAAGAGUUUUGCCCACAGAGUUUCUGGAUGUGUGAUCAAUAAUGACACAGCAAACGUUCUGGAUGUAGGUUUGCUGGCUGAGCUGGAAGGUUCAUUUUCAGAUGUUUCAUCACCA